AUGCGCUUCUCAUCAGGCCUCGUUCUCGCUCUCCCGGCGCUCGCUGUCGCCGAGGAGCAGGUGCCUCUCCUUGACAAGGUGAAGGGCUUCUUCAACAAGGCGACGGCUGCCGUGUCCGCAUCCAUCCCCUCCAUGCCAUCGGCGCCGGUCGACACCGCAACGAGCAAGGUGGCCUCUAACGCAGCUGCCGCCAUCCAGUACCCAAUUACCCUGGAGAACUGGAAAGAGACCCUUACCGUUGACGCUACCGCCAGCCCUCCUACCACACAGGACUGGCUCAUCUUCACCACUGGCGGCAACACCACCUGCUUUGGCCUGUGUGGCAACGCAACCAAGGCAUGGAACGCUUCUCUCCCCAUCAUGGCUGCGAAGCCUGAUGCGCCCAAGUUUGCGUACCUUGACUGCGAAACCGAGCCUCUCCUCUGCAACGCAUGGUCUGUCGGCGCACCGGCGCUCUACUAUUUCCAGAUCCCCAAGCCCAUGGCUGACCAGUCCGCGCCCGUCCCCGUCGUUCGCUACAAGCCCUUGAACCGCACCAGCACCACCACCGAGACCUUCAAGAAGCUCAUCGUUGACAACGAGAUUGAGCAGGUCACCCCGUACGAGGGUCCCUUCCACCCCUUCAACGGUGCUCUCCAGCAGUACAACCUUGCCAUUCCUUACGCAUACGUCACCUGGGGAUUCUCCAAGAUGCCCUCGUGGAUGCCCAUGAUCAUCAUCUCCUUCCUCAGCAGGUCAUUCAUGAGCAAGCGCAUGGCAGGACCAACUCCCGCUGAGGCGCGUGCCGCCGCCGCACAACCCGCUCGGUAA